CACACUGAGGGGCCUGGGUUUGAUCCCCCUUGAUAACUGAGGUCGCUGAUUAAUUAUGAGUCCGGGUGGUCUCUCAUGAAGCUCUUGAAGGAGGGAAUUAUUCAGGGCUGGGAAAUCCCCAUGGAGGUCCCUUUUUCCUACCACACAUUGGAAAGCACAGAGAGCCUGUGGCUGCCUCUAGCAGAAAGACAUGUGCUCCCGCAGGGAGGCAAAGCCGGGGGCGGGGGGGGCGUGGCUUCUGGCAGGGUAGCCCCACCCAGCCAAGCAAGAGAAAAGUGUAAGGACACACAGGCCAGUUGGGUAAUAGUGUGGUUUCCUCUCUGGGGCUGUGGGCGUCAUCACAGCUCAGAUACAUAACCCAGGCCACAGCGGGGAUGAUCAAUCCUCUUCUUGCUAGGGACGGCGUCAAAUCUGCUUCUGGCUCUGCCGUCAAGUCCAUAAGCAUCUCCCGGGCUCUGCUGUGGACCUUCUCCUGCUCCACCGAGAGCAAUCAUGGGCGAUGGGGUGGUGUAUCCUUCUGUCUUCGUGGUGGACGGCCAGCAGCACGGGGUCCCCUUUGUCCCGCCCAUGAGGAGGAAGCGACGGGUGUGCUUGCACAGCCAGUUCUUCCUGGCCUCUCUGGUCAUCUUAGCCCUGGCUGGUGUGGCCACCGAAGGCUAUUUCCUGAUCCGCUUCCAGAAAGAGCUGGAGAAGGCGACGUCCCAGGUUGGGGAGGAAGCAGGGGCCAUCUCCGAGAAGUCCAUUCAAGACCGGAAACUUCACGCUGAGAAGCCUGCAGCUCACGUCUUGGGUGCAGCCUUCACCACCUCUGGGAACGGUUCUCUGCAGUGGGAACACAGUAAGGACUGGGCUUUCCUGCAUGACAUGCGUUACCAGGGCGGCUCCCUGGUCUGCAUCAAGCCCGGCUACUAUUACAUCUACUCCAAGAUCCAUCUCAUGGCGCAGAGUUGCUCUCAGCAGGACCAGAAUUCCGUUAUCUAUCAUAGCAUCUAUAAGAAGACCCCCAGGUAUGUCGAGGAGAUGAAACUUGUGGAGAACCUGAUCCUUUUCUGCGAUGGGAAGGACAGCAGGUUCUGGAGGCAAAACAGCUUCCUCGGAGGAAUCUUCCACCUGGAGGAGGAGGAACAGAUUUACGUCAAGGUGUCACAGAGACAGGUGCUACAGGUCAGAGACGGCACCAGGUCUUAUUUUGGCACCUUCAUGAUCUGAGCAGGCCCUUCCCACAGCUGCAAGUGCUGGGUUUGGGGUUGAGGCCUUGUGCUUUUUAAUCUGCCACUGAUAUGGUUUUCCUACAUGGACCAUCCCUCUGACCCAGCACCCCCCAAAAUACUGUUGCACCUUCCCGGUCUAAUAUGCUCCCCAGACUGGAUCCGGCUUGUGAGGUUAACUUCAGAGGCUGGUCACAGAGCUCAGAAGAAGGAAGGGUGGGCUUCCAGCUGAGGCGUUGUACUAGGAAUCAGGACUCCGGGGGCCUCGUCCUAGCUCUGCUACUGACUUGCUGUGUGACCUCAGUCCAGACACUUUCUCUCUGUAUGGCUUGCUGCACAAAAAUGCCACCUCACGAGGGUAUCCUGAAGCUUAAGUUGCAUGGAGUGCUUUGGACGGAAGAGACUCUAGUAAGCAGUAGGUCGAUCCAAGGGGAGGUCACUGAACUGGGAGUCAGGACUCCUGGGUUCUAGUCUCGCUCUGGGAGAGGCAGCUGGAUCUAGCAGUUUGCUCAGGGGAGACUGGGAGUCAGGACUCCUGGGUUCUAUCCCCAGCUGUGCCACCCACCUGCUGUGAAACCAUGCCUUUCUGUACCUCCAUUUCCCUAGCUGCAAAAAAGGGAUGCUGGUUCUCCCUUACCCUUGUGUUAUAGGUCAUAAUGCUCUCCCCUGCGUAGCUGGCCACUGUCCCUCCAUCAGGUCCAGCGGUUUUCAAAUAGCUUCGAAAGCCAAGAUGAGCUUUGAAAGUGGAGAGACAAAGAAACUGGCUACCCCAAGGGACUAUGGGACAUUUUGCCUCCAGGUCGCCAAGGCCGGCCGACCCUCAGCCACUGUAUAUCACUGUAACUUCAAUCAUUCCAUGCUUGUUUGUGCCAGCUGACCGGGUGUUGGAGGGAGGGAAGUGUAUUUAAUUGGCGUGCCGUUCUGCUUAGCAACUGAUGGUGCUUGACGGGAUCAAAUCCUGCCGUUCCCUUUGCUCACGGGGAAGAUCCUGAUUCGGGCACCUCCCUUUGAGGGUCUGGCCUGAGGAGUCUGCCCGAGGAAGAGCGUCAGAGAGCCGUCUCGUCAGCUGGUGCAAAUCAGCAUGGCUGCGAUGGGGCAAUAUCCCUGCCGAGGCUCGGGCCCUCGCUAUUUAGCCCCGCGUCUCCGCCCUGGGCGAGAACGGGCCAAGUUCUCCUCUCACUCGCUGCGGUGUGAAUCCGGAGGAAGUUCGCGGAAGCGGCGCCCAUGUAAGACUUAGCCGAGGGGAGGAUCCCGCGUGACGGGCCCAGAUCUCCGGCGGGGAGACGUUAGUGUCGAUUCAUCGGAGUCCUUGAGGCGAAGCGGAUUUCCAGUCGCUGGGGAUGUGGCCCGGCUCCCGCCAUUCCCUGUGCUGCUUUAUGUGCCGUGAAUGUAUGUAAGUGUGUGCACCUAUUUAUUUUCCAAUGAGUAUUCCCUGAUAUUCAGGGAGCAGCUGUAUCUAAGGGUUAUUUAUCCAUUACCCCAGGGCCACUGGGCAUGUUUGGGACGGGGGGGGAGGGGCAGAAUUGUUGAUAAUUUGAUGGAUGAUAUUGAUGUUUAUUUUAGACAUUUAAAUUUUUUUUUUUAUGAAUGUAAAUGUUCACCAUGGUGCAAAUUUACGGGUCGCUUUUCCCCUCCUGUUCUUAUUGGUUUCAGUGUUCAUAGCUGGGAGACACGGGGAGGCGGGGGGAGGCAGUUAUUUAACUAAGUAGGGGUUGAGAUUUCAACUGUUAAAGCUUUAUAACGGGUCAAACACAAAUGGUCAAACAUCGCGUGUCAAAAUAUACAAAGUAAAUGGCCUGAAAUCAAACCCCAAUACGUUCUCAGGCCGCCUUUUUUCUCACUUUGCCCAUCUGUACAUUUCUACGAUUACCAAUGGAAAUAGCUUUUGUCCUCGGUUUGUGGGUGUGUAUGGUGAAAUUGACGUUUAUUGACACAGAUAAAAAUCGAAUCCUUCCAAGCCUUGGAUGUAGGGUGACCAGAUGUCCCGAUUUUAUAGGGACAGUCCCAAUAUUUGAGGCUUUUUCUUAUAUAGAAGCCCAUCGCCCCCCACCCCCUGUCCCGAUUUUUCACACUUGCGGUCUGGUCACCCUACUUGGAGGCCGCCUCCCUAGGGGACAUGGGAGGCUGUGGGCCUGUCUCCCACAGGACCUGCCACACACACCCUUACCCUUAAAGAGCAGACCCCUCUGCCCUUCUUUCUGCUCUCGUGAGGGCAAUGUUUGCAUUGAUCCGAGUUGCACCGUUCCCUACCUGAGUUUGGAGCACCCUGGGGGCUGCGCCGGCUCUGACAGAUGUUCAGGGCGGUGAAAUGCCGGGAGGUGAGUCAGAGCUGAGCGCUGGGAUUCUGGGCUAAUAGGCAGCAGUGCUUGGGUCUGGGAGGAAGCGCACUCUUAAUAUGAUAGUGGGCUGGGCAUUGGGACUCCUGGGUUCUAAUCACGGUUCCGGGAAGGCUGGAGGGUCUAGUGGUUAGAGCAGAGGGUCCUGGGUUCUAUUCCCAGCUUGAAUAAGGACUCUUGGGUUCUACUUCCCACUGUGGGAGAGGAGUGGAGCCUAAGACAACAGGAGCUGGGGGAGUCAGGAUUCCCAGAUUCUGUUCCUAGCUCUGCCAUUGGUUUUCCAUGUAAUCUACCUCCCUGGGCCCGAUCUGGCUUCCGUUGAAGUAACUGGCCAAUCUGCCGUUAAAUUCAGUGGGAGCAGCCGUGGGGUUAAUCAGUGUCUGUAAAGCACCUGGAGACCCCAAAGGGACA